GCGCCCGCCUGCCUCCCAGCUGCCCGGGUCGGGGCCCGAGAGGCGCGCACCAUGAGCGGCGGCGAAGUGGUCUGCUCGGGAUGGCUCCGCAAGUCCCCCCCGGAGAAGAAGUUGAAGCGUUAUGCAUGGAAGAGGAGAUGGUUUGUGUUGCGCAGUGGCCGUUUAACUGGAGAUCCAGAUGUCUUGGAAUAUUACAAAAAUGAUCACGCCAAGAAGCCAAUCCGUAUUAUUGAUUUAAAUCUGUGUCAGCAAGUCGAUGCUGGAUUGACAUUUAACAAAAAGGAGUUUGAAAACAGCUACAUUUUUGAUAUCAACACCAUUGACCGAAUUUUCUACCUGGUAGCAGACAGUGAGGAAGAGAUGAAUAAGUGGGUCCGUUGUAUUUGUGACAUCUGUGGGUUUAAUCCUACAGAAGAAGAUCCUGUGAAGCCAUCCGGCGGCUCCUUACAAGCACCGGUGGAUUUACCUGCAGCUGUCAUUACACCCCCGGCCGCCCAGGUGGAUGCAUCCUCUGCUGCCCAGCCGCCUCCGUAUCAGCUAAUUAACCUUCCCCCACAUCUGGAAACCCUUGCCAUCCAGGAGGAUCCUCAAGACUACCUCUUGCUCAUCAACUGUCAAAGCAAGAAGCCCGAACCCACCAGCCAAGGGUCAUCUUUUGUUUCUGAAGAAGGAGAGGAAUACCUACUACUAGAAGAUUUUGAAAGCAAAACGAUUCCAUUGCAAACACACGCUGACUCUGCCAAGUCCACCUCCUCCGAAACGGACUGCAACGAUAACGUCCCUGCUCACAAAACCCCUGCUUCCUCCCAGAGCAGACACGGAGUGAACGGCUUCUUCCAGCAGCCGACGGCCUACGACGCCCCGGCGCGGGACGCCAGCCUGUACCACCUGCCCCGCAGCUACUCCCACGACGUGCUGCCCAGGGCGUCCCCGUCCAGCGAGGCCGACGGGGAGCUCUACGUCUUCAACACGCCCUCGGGCACGUCCAGCCUGGAGGCCCAGCUGCGGCACGUGUCCAUGAGUUACGACAUUCCCCCCACGCCCGGUAACACCUACCAGAUUCCACGAACAUUUCCAGACGGAAGCCUGGGCCAGACGGCAAAGCUGGACACUAUUCCAGAUAUCCCUCCACCCCGGCCGCCGAAACCGCACCCGGCGCACGACCGCUCUCCCGUGGACACGGGCGGCGCGGCCCCCGACGGCAGUUACAGCGUUCCCACCGCGGGCCUGCCGCCGUCCCGCAGCAACACCAUCUCCACCGUGGACCUGAACAAGCUGCGGAAAGAUGCUACUUCUCAAGACUGCUAUGAUAUUCCACGGACAUUUCCAAGUGACAGAUCUAGUUCCCUUGAAGGCUUCCAUAACCACUUUAAAAUCAAAAAUGUGUUGACAGUGGGAAGUGUGUCAAGUGAAGAGCUGGAUGAGAACUACGUGCCGAUGAACCCCAACUCCCCGCCCAGGCAGCAUUCCAGCAGUUUCACGGAACCAAUUCAGGAAGCAAAUUAUGUGCCCAUGACCCCAGGGACAUUUGAUUUCUCUUCAUUUGGAAUGCAAGUGCCGCCUCCUGCUCAUAUGGGCUUCAGGUCCAGCCCAAAGACCCCUCCCAGAAGGCCCGUUCCUGUUGCAGACUGUGAACCACCCCCCGUGGACAGGAACCUCAAGCCGGACAGAAAAGGUCAAAGUCCUAAAAUUUUAAGACCCAAACCCCAUGGUUUAGAGCGAACUGAUUCACAAACCAUACGUGACUUUGCUACAAGAAGAAAGGCCAAGCCAGCACCUUUAGAAAUAAAACCUUUGCCAGAAUGGGAAGAAUUACAAGCCCCAGUCAGAUCUCCCAUCACUAGGAGUUUUGCUCGAGACUCCUCCAGAUUCCCCAUGUCUCCCCGACCGGAUUCAGUGCACAGCACAACCUCAAGCAGUGACUCGCACGACAGUGAAGAGAAUUAUGUCCCCAUGAACCCAAACCUAUCCUGUGAAGACUCAAGUCUUUUUGGCAGUAACAGCCUUGACGGAGGGAGCAGCCCCAUGAUCAAGCCCAAAGGAGACAAACAAGUGGAAUACCUCGAUCUCGAUUUAGAUUCUGGGAAAUCCACACCACCCCGGAAACAAAAGAGCAGUGGCUCCGGAAGCAGUGUGGCGGACGAGAGAGUGGAUUACGUUGUGGUCGACCAACAGAAGACCCUAGCUCUGAAGAGCACCCGAGAGGCCUGGACAGAUGGGAGACAGUCCACAGAAUCCGAAACACCAGCCAAGAGCGUGAAAUGAAAACGUUGCUCCGCUGUGUCUGAACAAAAGAGAACGGAACUGUAAAGACGAACCCCGUUUCGCUGAAGAUGACACCCCUGCGCUCGGUAGAUCUUCAGCUGAGUCCAGUGGAAGCCAAAGGACUUUUCAGACAUAAUCAAGCAAUUUACACUGUCAAUGGUGCUUUGUGGUAUCUGAACAAUUCGUAACAUGUAAACUAUAUGGGAAAAUAGUGUUACGUAGCUCCCAGAAAGAAAGAAAAAAUUGGUUCCGUAGUUAACACACUUGUAGUAUUACUGUAUUUAUGCACUUUUUCAUUUAAAACAUUGGUUGGGGUAUUAGCAGAUGUACCUUAACAUAAUUCCUUUGCGAGUUUUUGUUUUUCCUCACACUACUCUAGAUAACAGUACUAAGUUAACUAAGCUACUUUUAGAUUUGUAAAUUGCUCUUUAAGCUUCAGUGUAACAUUAAGAGGAGAAGUAGACUCACAAUUGACCGGUCCACCUGACACCUCAGGUGGUAAUCGUUAAACUACAUAGUUGGACUCCUCAAUCAUUGCCUUCUAGAAUGCUAAGGAUAAUAUAUGACUGGCAUUAGGACCUAGUUCUCUGGUUCAUGAUGUACAGUUAGUUCUCAGUGGUAGAACUUUGUUGUAUUUUGUUAAUUACAGUGUUCUUAGUUCGUUGAGUGAAGAUUCUGCCGGGUGGGAUCUUGUACCUUGGAAAGACUGAAUAAUUACACCACCGGGUAAGCCUACAGGUCACUGAUGGCAUGCAGUGAUGAUACGCUCUCACACCUGUUAACAUGUAUUAAACUUUACAUUAUUUGCAAAACAUAGUUUAUAUAACUAAUCAGGUACGUACCAGGCACUGAUGUGCUAAUACACUGAUCAGGUUUAGACAGUGAGCUUUAGUUGUGUUCUCUUUAGUCCUAAUGUCUGGUUUCCAAUUUGGAAUUAAUGACACAGUUGACAUUCACUGUUAGUUAUAGCAACAUACUGUGAUUUUUUAAUUAGUAAUUCAGAUUUAUUACUCUAAGAAUGAAACUCUAUCUUUUGAGACCAUAGUGCCCUUUCUAUGAUUUUUUUAAAAAAACUUUACUUAAUAUUCUUCUUGGCCUUAUAUUUAAAUCCCUAUGCAAUUAAUAUUUUAUACCUGCAUUUAAAAAAAAUAUAUAGAUGUUACCUAAGUAAGUGAUUCUCAUAUGUAGCACCUGUUGCUUUUCCAGUAAAAAAAAAAAAAAUUAAGGAUUUUAUACUGUGAUUUAUAUUCACUGUCCCAGUUCAAGAAAUAUUGGAGUCUUGCUAUAAUGUGAAAUCUUAUAGUCAUGGCAAACCACAUUUCUGUAACCACCAGAGGAAUCGUGUAUUCUGUCUCACCUACAACAUGGCCCUGUGACAUGGAUAUCAAGACUACAAAUUAUAGUGAGGCUACAAUUAUAUUUAUCUGUCUUAGCUUUGCUACGUAAUUUAGAAAGCAGGUAGAGUUGUUCGUUUGUUAACUAAAUGACAUACAAUCUCUUAUGUAUUGAAUUGAGACCUACUAACAGUUUUUAGAGGGGCAUAGGGAUUGGAGUGCCCGCAGCUGAGCCUGGCCUCCCUCCUUUCAGACCUCGGUGCCUGAGUACACAGAUGUGCCCUGAUUUCUGCCUCAGCCAUAGUACUGUGCUUAAUCAAUGUUAUGGGUUUAUUUUCCCCUCCACAAACUAAAAAUGUUCAUAACAAGAUGAUGAAUUGUAGCCUAGUAACAUUUGAUGCUUUUAAAUGUUUGCUUUUUUUUUAAAACAAAAGCUAUAAACCCAGAAGUGAAUUUUGAGGUGGAUUUUUAAAUAAAAAGAUUGUUUGAGUUUGGCGUGCGCAAGCUGUUUUGUAAUGAAACCACAAAAUAAAAUCUAAAAUCAUUGAAAUGUGCCUGAACAUUCAAAACAACGCAGUGGAUGUGUGACGAUACGAAGGUGUGUUACAUAGAGGAAGACCAUAUUUUGAGAUUAAAACACAACCAUAAUUAAAAAAUAGAAAUCUUGUUUAAAGCUGCCUAUCAGAAGAGUCUAAGGCAAUUAAGAACUUUUUAGUGUGAUUUCUUUAUUACAAGUUACCAUUUUUUAAAGAUCUGCAACAUUAAUGUGGAGAAUUGUCCCCAUUUUGCACAGGAAUUUAAGAAUUGAAAUGUCUUAGGCAGCUUGUUUCAGAUAUUGAACAUUGUAUUAACAAAUUAAAUUGAAACACAUUUUCUUAUAGAACACUAUUUGCCAAACAUUUUAUAGCACUAGAGUCUUUUUAAAAUAAAAUCGUGUGUAACCCCAAUACAGAAAGCCUGAAAAGAUUAUUUUAUCAGUAUAAAUGCAUUUGAAGUUCACAUUUAUAUUCACAUAUUUUAGCCCAUGACUAAGACUAAUAUUUCUGAAUAACACAAAUAUGUACCUUGUUUUAUUUUAAUACUGUCAAGGCAAUUUUUACUCACACAAAUGUAUUGAAGUGCAGAUAAUUACAGGUUUUAAACCUCUCAGGAGGUUCCUAAAGUUGUAUGCCAAGGUUGAUAACAAAAUAAAUUACCCUGGUAAUGGAAGUUAAUGCAUAAGCAAUCUACAGUAUGGGAAAAUCGGGGUAUGUAGAAGACUAGGAUGUGCAUUUUUAUUAAGUUUUUAAAAUAUGUACUUACAAAACAAAAUUUGAGUCAAACCCUUCUAAUACCCGUGAUGACCUCCAGGGCGCUGAGCUUCAGUCCGGCCUGGGUUGAAAACCACUGGUUUAAUCAUGUGACAGUUACAAGUCAGAAGUCCUUUUCUCCCACGUGCUUGAUGUUAUCUACCUUGUAUUUCUUAUUUUGAAAAACUGUACAAUUUCAUAAAGGUUGGAAUACCAAAGCACAGAUCUGUUUUAAAAAAUCAAAAUUCAAACUUGAAUAAUGUAAGCUAUUUAACCCAAGGAGGGUAUUGCUUAGUAAGCUAUAAAAAAUGGUUUUUACCUACAUUCUAGUUUAUACAUUUUCAUCUUUAUCAGUACCAUAUAAGCUACUGGGAGCAUUUUAGAGAAUUUCAUAAAGGUACGAUGUGUGUGUGUGUGUAUAUAUAUGUAUAACAUUGUAUUUAAUCAUUGACU